AUGUCGGAAACAGAAACCUCGACACUGGACGCCUUUCUCUCUUGGGCGAAAGGACAUGGCGUUGAGUCGGACGUCGCGGUUGAAAAAGUGCCUGAUAAAGGAUUGGGUGUUGUAAGCAAAAAACGUCAUUUUCGAGAUAAUUCAAGAGUAAUAUUUGUACCCUCGGUGGUUCUGGUAAACGCGUCCAAAAUAACCGGAUACGCCAAAGAAAAGGCACCGAAACUCGAGUCUUUCUAUCAGGCCCUACUUCGCGAUGGAUUCCCAAUGAAUGAACGUAUUAUAAUAAUAUCUUUCAUAUUAUUUGAGCAAGUUGGACGUGUAUCUCUAGGGGAAUCUGCUCCUCCACCGUCACUUUGGAAACCUUACUUGGAUAUCUUACCGAGAAAACUCCACACUCCAAUGUUUUAUAAUGCCACUCUGAAAGCUUGCCUUGAUGGAAGUAGCCUAAGUUCAGUUGUGGACGCAAAAUUGAAUAAGCUUAAACGUGAAUUUGAUUCGUUUAAACCAUAUUUUAAUAAAUGGAGACCACCUUCAUCUACUCUACAACCGGAUGCUGCGACAAAUGUUGAUGUUGUUACAUUUGACGAUUUUAAAUGGGCUGAUGGGGUAUUCUGGUCGCGAGUAUUAUCAUUUGGAAGUAGAAUUGAAACUUUAUCUAUCGAUAAAUCCUCACUCGAGUCCGGACUCGAUGAUUUUCAUCUGGUCCCUUUCAUAGAUAUUGCUAACCACUCGUUGACACCAUUGGCUCGAUGGGAAGUAAUUACUGAUGGAGUUGCUGGGGCAGAAUUAAUAUUAACACAAACUAGCAACCGAGAACCAAUUCCAUCAGAAACUGAAAUCUGUAUCUCAUACGGGGAAAAAUCAAAUUGUGAACUUCUUUUCUUGCACGGGUUUGCACUAAAGGAUGAUCCAUGGUCGGCGAUAUCUUUUCCAGUUCCAUUCUUCGAGGGUGAUCCAAUUGUUGAUGAGAAAUUAUCAUUUAUGAAAUAUCAUGGAAUCAAGUCAUUGGUUUCAUUAUCAAGAAAAAAUGAAAGUAUUGAACUAUCGCAUGAAUCCAUCCGAGCCAUGUGGCUUUGCGUUUUGAAUGAAGGUGAUGGACUAAAAAUCACACCCUGCGAAACAAAACCAUAUCCUGUAGAAUUAAUUAUUCGUGAUAAGGUCGUCAAUAGCGUCGAGAUGUUGGACAGUGUUAUACAAGACUGGGAAUUAUUCCCAGUGAUUGAUGCGCGUGUUGUCGAGAUCAUUUUGGAUGCUGUUGAAAAUCUCUUGUCGAAUCUAGGGGAAACUAACGAGCGAGUCCUUAAAUUGAUGGAGACUGCGAAUUCGCGCGAAAUUGAAUAUAUCAAAAUUUAUCGGGAAGACGAGCAUCGAUUUUUGGAAUCCGCGGUCGAGGAGUUUACGAGAAAGCGUGAAACUUUGAUGAGUAACGAACUAGUUGAAAGAUAUUUGGUGGAAGAAGAAUAA